AUGUCGAAGUCAACAGGUACAGCCGUUGAAGCAACAACCGGGGUUCAAUCUGCCGCUGUCCAUACAGCUGUUAGUGAUGAUGUCAGAGUACGAUCCGUUGUUACUACGGAAACAUUAUCCACCGUUAACAUGGAGAACUCGGCUAAAAUCAAUGAAUUAAUGAAAAAACUUGGUUCUACUCAUUCUCAAAUCGAUGAUUAUUCGAAACGUCGUACCGAUGAAAUAAGCGAUGCUGUUCAAGCAUCUAUAGUAAAAAUUGUUAAUGAAACACAAUUAUUACAAGAAAAUCUCUUACUCGACGCUAAUAAACGUCAUGCAACAGUUGAACAAGAUUACAAGAUAAAAUUGCAACAUUACGUUGAUCAAUUAGAUCAAGACAAAGCGAAAACAUUGGCACAAUUAGAAAAAGAUUUGAAUACUGAACAAGAACACAUAUUAGAACAAGCACGAAAACGUAUUGACGAUUUAAAUGAUGAAGCAAAUCGAAUGAAAAUUAACGUAUUGAAAGAAGCUCAACAAGCGGUUAAUGCUAAAGUUGAGACAAUCACUGAUCAAGUGGCACAAUUGGGUCAUGAUGAUACAGCAAGACGGUUACAGUCGACAACAACGACCGUUAUAACAACACAAGCAAAAGCAGAAGGUAUCGCUAGUACCACAAAAGUGGUUGACAAUAAAAAUGCUAAACAUUAA